AUGAGUUAUUCUUCACAAGUUGAAAGAGAUGAAAAAAACGAAAGUCAUUCUCUAAUCAAGGAUCUAAGUGAAAUCGAAAACAUUCAAUUUUACACGCACCAAGCUUAUGAAUAUGCGUUUAAUGGCAAUAUCGGAGCUCCGGUUCAUGAAAAGUUGCAAACUGGUGCUAAAGUAUUGGAAUUUGG